CUUCAACAUACGAUUUAAUUUUAUAUGAAAUUACAAAGUUUAUGAAGUUGAUUAAGAUUGUGAAGAUAUUAUAUUAAAUAAUAUUAUAACGAGAAACUACAAUAUAAAAUAAUAAUUAUUUUUGAUGUACAAUAUAUCUUCCAUAUUGUAAUCUUUUUGUAAUAGUAGAUCAUUGAUGUCAGUGACGUUAAAGAGGUUAUGUUUACAAACUCUUCUGAUUUAAUAAUAUAUUUCAAUGUAUUAAUAUGGAAGUUCUCGAAUUAAAGGAUGUGAAAGCAGUUCCAGAUAUAAUUCAUAAUUAUCCAUAUAAAAUAAAAGCUGAGGCAAUACCGUUGGUUGUAGAUAAUGGUUCGUACAAUUGUAGAGUCGGUUGGGCUACAGAAAAGGAACCGCAAUUAAUAUUUAAAAAUCUCAUAGCGAAACCUAGAAAAGAACGAGGAAAGAAGGAUGGCGAACCUCAAGUAGGAAAUGACAUAGCAAAUAUAGAAGCUGUAAGAUUUCAAUUGAAAACUCAGUUCGAUAGAAAUGUUGUGACGCAUUUCGAAGCUCAAGAACAAAUAUUCGAUUAUACCUUUACGCAUAUGGGAAUAGAUACCGAAGGAUCGGUAAAUCAUCCAAUUAUUUUAACAGAAGCUUUCUUAAAUCCAAAUUAUUCUCGAAAUUUGAUGGCAGAACUUCUAUUCGAAUGUUAUAAUAUACCAUCUAUAGCAUAUGGUGUCGAUUGCUUAUUUUCGUAUCAGCAUAAUAAUUGUCCACCGGAUGGUUUAAUAGUCAGUAUAGGAUACCAUACAACACAAAUAAUACCUAUAUUAGAUGGUAAAGCGGAUCCAGUUAAUUCUAGAAGAAUUAAUAUCGGUGGUUAUCACAUAACGUCUUACAUGCACAGAUUACUUCAACUUAAAUAUCCUGUACACGUGAAUGCGAUAACUCCAAGUCGUGCAGAAGAAUUAAUACAUGAACAUUCAAUGAUCGCAUUGAAUUAUCAAGAUGUAGUAUCUAAGUGGGCAGAUCCAGAUUAUUACGAUGCAAAUGUCUUAAGAGUUCAAUUACCUUACGUCGCACCUGCAAGUACACCUGGUUUAACCAUCGAACAACAAAAAGAAAGGAAAAGAGAACUAGCUCGAAGAUUGAUGGAAAUUAAUGCAAGGAAGAGGGAAGAAAGGUUGGCUGAAGAUGAGGAGCAAUUAAAUCAAUUAUUAGCUAUACAAGAUCUUUUGGAAGAAGGUGAAACGGAUGAAUUUGAUCAGGCAUUGAAAACAUAUUCUUUGGCGAAUGAAGCUGAUCUAAUAAAAAUGAUAAAUAAUUUACAAGCAAAAGUAGAAAGAACUAGACAAAAGAUUGUUGCCGCAAAUUCACAAGAGGAAAACAUUGUCAUGGAAGAUCAAAAGCCAAAAAUUAAAUCGAGCCUUCAACCGAAAGAUCAGCAAGAUUUUGAAGAAUGGAUAGCUGGUGUGAGAAAGAGACGGCAAGAAAUAUUAGAUAAACGUAUGGCGAAAAGACAACGUAGACAAGAUAUGGCCAAACGUAGAACAGCAGCAGCUCAAGAAAGAAUGCGUAUAAUUAGUCAACUGGCGAGGAAAGAUAAACGAGAUGAUGAUUUUGGUAUGAGAGAUGAAGACUGGGAUGUAUAUAAAGUUAUUAAUAGGGAAGGUGGAGAUUCUGAUUCAGAAUUGGAACAAGAGAAAUUAAUGGAACUUGAGGAUGUUCUUCGUCAUCAUGAUCCAGAGUUCGAUGGAGCUGGUUCUAGCGUUCCCAUGAUUCCUGGUGAAACCCAUCAAUUGCACGUUGGAGUAGAACGUUUAAGAGCAGCAGAAUUACUUUUUCAACCUUCAAUGAUCGGAUCGGUUGAAGCUGGCAUAGCAGAGACCAUUGAAUUCGUUUUAAAACUUUAUUCCCCUGAACAACAAAAACGAUUGGUAAGCAAUGUUUUUCUUACCGGUGGACCAACAGCUUUACCAGGAUUACUCGAAAGACUGAAACGUGAACUUAAAGAAAUGAGACCGUUUGGUUCUAACUUUCAAAUAAACGUAGCAAAAAAUACUAGUUUAGAUUCGUGGUACGGUGCAAGAGAUUUUGGUUUAAGUGGUAAUCUCCCAGAAUAUCUUGUAACCCGUAAAGAGUAUGAAGAAAAAGGUGGUGAGUACUUGAAAGAACACUCUGCGAGUAAUAUAUAUACUAGAUCGCCAGAUCCCUUACCUAUAUUACAAGUUCCUGUAACAUGUGAACAAGUAAUUGUUGAAGAUGCGAUUAUUGACGUUGAAAUUGAAUAAAGAAAUUAAUAAAAACCAA